CGGUUACAUCGGCGGUGAUCUCCGGGAAACUGGGCUCCACAUAGAAGUUGAACUGAGGGCCCUACCAAUUGUUAAUAUUGCUACAAAGAUGGACAUCGAAAACACAAAUUUGGAACAGUUUCUGGCAGAGAAGUACCCUGGUCUAACCGCAGAACGAAACAAAACCGGUGCCCUCAUAAUCCGAGGCGUGGCGUGCAGUGAGGGGAACUGGCGUCGCCUGAAGCUCUAUCUGCCGCAUCAUCCGGCCUUGGCGGGCUUUCAGUUGUAUGUGCAGGAGCAACUGGAGUACAAGUGCUACACCGGCAACAACCUGCAGGUGAAGGAUGAUUGGCUGCUGGAGGAUUUGUUGUCGCAUUUGCCGAAGCUACUGCCGCCCAAGGAAUCAUUUGAAGGCUUAAAUGAUUCUGUCCAGCGCAGCAAUAUAUACGCCGAUAUCCUGGCGCUGCACAAGCCCCUGGAGUACCGCUUGCAGAUGGACGCAAGCUGCUCGCGGAUACGUUUCAGCCAGUUUCCCGAUUUCGAUCAGCACUAUCUGGAGCUGGAGGUGCCCACGAUGCGUCUGCUGGAGCACAGUCUACCCGACUGCGUGAUGUUGGGUGAAAUGUUGGCCAAGAGCGCCCGAACGCUCAGUGACGGGCUGAAUCUGUUUCGGAAGCUGCUGGAAGAGCUGCGCACGUUCUACGACAACUUCAUGGACAUUGAUGAGCUGUGUCAUGUGCUGCAGCCAUCGCCCAUUACCACCAAGCACAACACUCGCGUUUUCCCCCUGAAAGAGCGGGUCUACCUCAAGGUGACAAUUGUUGAUCCCUUCGCCUGCAUUGCCUCCAUGGCCCUGAAGAUCAUUGGACCCACCGAGGAGGUGGCCCGCUUGCGACAUGUCUUAAGCGAUGGCCUGGGCAAUUGGGACCCAGAUCUGGACAUGCACAAGAAUCUGCUGCGCAUCUUUGACCUAUGCUACUUUCCCAUGCCCGACUGGAACGAGGAACACAAGCCGGAGGAGGAACAGGAGAAGCACUGCAACAUUUGCUUCGUCUACCGCUUGGACAGUGGCGAGGUGCCCAUCGUCUCCUGCGACAAUCCACGCUGUGUCCUACAGUGUCAUGCCGCCUGCCUGGAGGAAUGGUUCAAGACGUUGCUGGAUGGCAAGACCUUUCUGGACGUCUCCUUUGGCCUAUGUCCGUACUGCAAGGCGAAGCUGUCCACCUCAUUCGCGGCACUCUUGGAUGCGGCGUAAGGCCAAAAGAAAGUCUCAGUUAGGAUGGAUCAGCCUUUAAAUUUAAUCUUAAACUUCAAUUAAAUAUAAUUUACUUCAACUAAA